AACCUCCGAUUGGCGGAUUUCCGUGUCUGACAGGCAAAAGGACCAAUAGGCUUGUGAUAUCCCGCCAAUGCGCUUGUUGGUCUGACGUCACCGACACAUCCAGCUGCUGUGGCGCCGCGGGUCUGCCAGCGGAGAGACGCGCUACCUUUACCCUGGUGGCGGACCGCUUGGCCCGGCAUGGACGAGCAGGCUGGCCCAGGGGUGUUCCUCAGUAGCUGUGGUAAGGUGCCCCAGCAGGAUGAGGCAGCGGUCGGAGGAGAGGCGGCCCGGGCCCGCUACAACGUUCCGGAGAUAUUACGGUACAUGCAACACGAGUGGGCGCGCUUCGAGCUCGAGAGGGCGCGAUGGGACGUGGAACGCGCUGAACUGCAGACCCAGGUCUCCCUCCUCCAGGGAGAGAGGAGGGGGCAGCAGAACCUGAGGAGAGACAUGCUGAGGAGGAUCAAGAUGCUGGAAUACACACUGAGCAGGGAGAGGACCCAGCACCAGGGCCUGGGCCCCGGACCCCUGCAGUGCCAUGUCAGGACCCCCACUUAUGAUUCAGAUGAAGAAGAACCUCCCCCCUCCCCUCCCACCACCGCCCAUCAGCUGAACUGGAGUCAGGGAAGAGAGCUGCUCACCCAAUACCUGCAGGAGGUGGGCUGCACUGGGGUCCUCCAGGAGGUGGGGUCCCAGAGACUGAGAGACCUGCUGGGUCUGGGUCCUCCAGACCCGGACCACAGAGUCCUGCCGGGCCUGGGUCCUCCAGACCAGGUCCUCAGAGAGAAACACCACCCGGAUAUGAUCAGCAUGGCGGACAUCAUAGCGGUCCUGGAGGAGAGUGUCAGCGACGAAGACGAGGAGGAAGAACAAACAAAACUCACCUCAGAGCUGGACUCUAGGUCUUCCACCCCGACCUCCACGACCUCUGACCUCAGUGAUGACGCGGACAUGGAGGGGGCUCUGAGAGAGUUUGACUUCCUGAACCGACCAGCUGCGCUGGGCGGGUCUGUAGAGGACGCCAGCCAAUGGGUGGACGAGGGGCGUGGCCCAGGGGGCGGGGCGUGGCAGGUGGACCAGCGAAUCAUCAGCCAGCUGAAAGAAGAAUACAGGAAAGAACGCAGGGGGAGGAAAGGAAUGAACAGGCCGAACCGCUCCAAGCUGCAGGACAUGCUGGCGCACCUGGUCGACCCGGAUGACGGGGUGCUCCCACCCAGCUCCACCCCCCCGCUCCCUGACCUCGGACCCCCUGGGGUCCCGGAGCUGGAAGACACACACCCCGGAGAAGUAGGGUUGGUCCUGGGUGGGUCCAGCGAGGUCCUAGCCUUUGACCAGGGGCUGGCGGAUUUGACCAACGAGGCCCUUAGCCCCACCUACCAGACGGCCCCAAGCGGAGAGACGCUGCUGAAGACCUGGAAGCACAAGGUCACCCUCAGGGGUCACCUGGACGCCCUCCACGGCCUGACCUUUCACCCCGUGGAGCCCCUGCUGCUCAGCGCUGCGGCCGACCACACCCUCAAACUCUGGAACCUCCACAAGACCACGCCCACCAAGAAGUGUGCUGCCCUGGACCUGGAACCAAUCUACACCUUCAGGGCCCACAGCGGAGCGGUGCUGAGUGUCACCAUGAGCUCGACAGGAGAGCAGAUCUUCAGCGGGGGGGUGGACGGUACCAUCCACAGCUGGAACACCCCCAGCCUCAACACGGACCCCUACGACCCAUAUGAGCCCUCCGUCCACCAGGGGGCACUGUGUGGUCACUCUGACGCCGUCUGGGGUCUGGUGUACUGUGCCCCCCACCGCCGGCUGCUGUCGUGCUCUGCUGACGGGACGCUCCGCCUGUGGGACGCCUCCGCCACCUCCAGCCCCGCCCUCGCCACCUUCAACCAGAGGGGAGAGCUGGGCGUCCCUAGCUCCUUGGAUGUGGUGGGCAGUGAGCCGGACCACAUGGUGACCUCGUUCAGCACCGGACACAUCGGACUCUUCAACCUGGAGACCCAGCAGCUGGUACUGAAGAUGGACUCACACGCUACCUCAGACACCCCCUGCAGAAUCAACAGAGUGCUGAGUCACCCUACUGUACCCAUCACCAUCACUGCCCAGGAAGACAGACACAUCCAGUUCUUUGACAAUAACACAGGUAAAGUGAUCCACUCCAUGUUGGCUCACCUGGACGCUGUUACCUGUUUGGCUGUUGACCCCAAUGGACUUUACCUGCUGUCUGGGAGCCACGACUGCUCGGUCCGCCUCUGGACCAUGGAGACCCGGACCUGUCUGCAGGAGUUCAGUGCGCACCGCAAGAAGUUCCACGAGUCCAUCCACGCUGUGGCCUUCCACCCCACCCAGUGCUACAUUGCCAGCGCCGGGGCCGACGCCCUGGCCAAGGUGUUCGUAUGACCUCUGACCCAUCCUAUGACCUCCGACCCCGACCCCAUCGUUGGACCUCAACCACGCCGAAGUAUCAUGACGUUUGACCCCGGAACUGACCCUCCAAGUCGGGUCAACCACACUGGCUCUGGCCCAGGUUUCUGAACAUGGACUGCUUCUUGGUUCUGGUCUAGUGUCCUGGAAAUGGCCUGAUUCUAGGUUGUGGUCUAAGGUUCUAGGCAUGGACUGGUUCUAGAGGAUGAAGCUGUGGUCUGGGACCCAUCAGGGGCUGAAAACAAGGAGGUAGAAACCUGGACCAGAGGAUUUGAUCCCUCCAACACUCAUGGAUAACAGUGAUCAGGUGUCGAUCAAAGACAUUAGCUUGUGUUGUUUAAUGGGUUAUUUGCCUAGCAGUGCGUUACAAGUAUUUCUCAGUAUUUAUAAGUAGUCUUUGGAUGUGCAGGGUUUGGGUCUAAUACUUCCUGGGACUCCCCGGUGAACAAGGGGUCAAAUCCCUCUAGACGAAUGAUGGUGCCCGGAUGAAUAAAUGAAUGAUCACCUCCACUAACCCCCUCUAUAACUCACCCCCAAGCCCUCCACUAACCCCCUCUAUAGCUCACCCCCCUCCUCAACUCACCCCAACACCUCCACUAACGCCCUCUAACACUAACCCCCAACACAUCCAGUUAUCCCUGACACCAUCACUCACCCCCCUGCGGUAGCCAAUCACAUAGCAGGGACUGCAUUGAAUCACAGCUCCAACUUCCUGUGUGUGGAUGCAGCUGUACUCCGCUAACCUUCGCUAGCUCACUGUGCCAGUGUUGACACCUGCCCAUAUUACACUCCUGUUGCUUAAGCUAACUCACUGUGCCAGUGUUGACACCAGCCCAUAACACAACUCCUUGUUUCUUUAGAUAAUUAAUGACAUGGUGCCUUCUCCCCAGAAGGAAGAUAACUAUAAUAAAUUUCAUUUGUAAUGCUGUAAUUCAGACCUCACACACGUUAAUACUCAAGAAAGAACGUCCAACUACCUGUCUAUUUUACACAAAUUCAGCAAAUUGUAUUUUUAUUUGAUCAAACUUAAGUGUUUUAGUUUAGAUACUUGUGAUAUAGAAUUAAGCAGUAUUGCCUCGUAAACAUAUGGUCUCGUUUUGGCUAUUUUGUUUUAUUUAUAUGAAGUACAUGUGAUUGGAUUAACUGGUAACUGAUUUUGUUUAUACUGGCUCUGGAUAACAUGUCAAUAUUAUAAUGGUGAUAUACAAGCAUCCAUCUACCUGUGAGCUUGACAUUAAACUUUGUAUUCCAGGCCUCAA